AUGGCUGGGAGAUCAACUGGAGUUGGCUACGACCGCGGCAGGCGAGGAUCUGCGCUCAGAGGCGGGUACAUCAGCAACGACAGCAACAAAGCGAGCAAUGGCUUACUUCUAGCCUAUUCGAACACAUUCGAUCGACCUCUACACAAGCCGUGCUACAAGAAACUAAGUCUCACUAUUCCCGACAAAUUCAUAACACGAGGACGUUAUCCACAAAAAACCUACGACAUUGGAACUUUGAAUCUUGCCAGCAAAUUCAAGGGCCAAACGACAGAUUGCCUCAACUAA